GAGGAGAAAUCUGCCAGUGGUUGCUAUCGCUUGAAAGUCAGCGAAAAGCUCGGAGCAAUAGGGAGUGAGGUGAAUGCACAAGAGAAUAACUACCAAGAGGAUACAUAACAAGGGGAUACAAUACGUAUUCUGCUCAUUGAGUUAGACAAACACAUGGUCUACUUGGAAGAAGCAGAGAAUCAUGGGCAGUUGGAAAGGCAUUAAAGAACAUAUCUUCAGAGAGGUGUUGGAAGACCGUUCCCGGACUUCUUUUAAUAGCCUCAAACAUUUACUUCGGUUGACACUCAUGUAGAGGUGACUGAUGUGUCAUUAGCAUGUAAUUGAGCAGAAUGGGAAAUGCAUUGCGAAGUGUCAUGGCUUUCAUUCCAUCAGAGCGUUGCCAGCGCUUCUUGGUGGGAGACCUAAAAGAAAUGCCAUUUGAUCGGGCUGUGGACCUGAGCAGCCGACAGCUACGGCGGCUCCCUAGUCCUGUGUGUGUCUUUGGGGAGCUGGUAAAGUUGUACCUGAGUGACAACAACCUGAACAGCUUGCCCCCUGAAGUUCAAAGCCUGAGGAAACUCCAACUGCUGGCCCUGGAUUUCAACUGUUUUGAUGAGCUACCUGAAGUUGUUUGCAGGCUAACCCACCUGAAUAUACUCUACCUGGGCAACAACAGGCUCUAUAGACUCCCAAGAGAACUGGAAGACCUUAAGGAGCUUAAUACUCUGUGGCUGGAGACUAACUGCUUCACCCAAUUCCCCCAGGUGGUUUGUGAACUCUCAAAUCUCAAAACGUUGCACCUGGGUUAUAACCAGAUCCGAAGUUUACCUCCGGAACUGGGGGGACUUGGAGAGCUACGCAGCAUAUGGCUCGCUGGGAACCAGCUGAGCGAGUUCCCAUCAGUUCUACUGGAAAUGCAGUUUUUAGCUGUUGUCGACGUGGACAGGAAUAAGAUCCGCUACUUUCCACGUCUGUCUCAUCUACAGGGCUUGAAGCUUGUGAUCUAUGACCACAACCCCUGCGUCAACGCCCCUGUGAUCGCCGAUGGAGCCAGGAGGGUUGGACGCUGGGCGGACAAUUCAGAUGAAGAGGAAGACGAGGAAGACGAGUACAUCCCUAAACUACCGGGUGAAAGGACAGCAGAGCUUGAGGAAGGACAAACAUGAGGGAUAGAGAACACUGAUAAGGCAGAAGAAACUCCUGACCACCAGCUCUGGCAACGCUCAGAACUGCAUGUUCAAGGCAACCCCUCAAGUGCUAAAGUGGAUUACUGUUUGGAGAAUGGCCAGUUUAUUCUGCAUGAGCAAUACAAGCGCUCUUAGAAUAUGGGAAAAGAUAAUGGUAUUAUUUUGUAAUGAAACCUGGAAUUAGGGAGUGCAGUAGCUCAGUGGGUAGAGCCUUAGAACAGUAUAUGCUGUUUUGAUGUCCUUGAGCAGAAAACUUAACCAUCUAACUACUCAUAACAUGGCCUGGCUGUAGCAGGCCACAUGCAUGUCUGGCUUUGGUGUCUCUGUGCUUUUUGAAGGAAAUAUGUUGAUGCUUCUAUGCUAUUAAUAGUGUGCAGUGUCUAGUUAAUUGUUUAUAGAUCCAUUUUUUAAAUGUUCACCACUUUCUGACGAUAGCUUAAAUUACAUUUGUCAAUUUGAAACAGAAAUGAUUGAUAUUGUGGAUAGACAAUAGGCACGACCAGCCGAGAUACUAUAAAAUAUAUUAAGUAUACUAAUAUAAUGAAAUGUAUAUCAUACAAACCUGUAUACACAUCUAACAAAUAUCUAUUAUAUUGACUUCAACUCGUGAGUUAUUUUUGUUCGAUUUAAAUUUUUCUUGGUGUGAUCAAAUGUCAGCACAAAGGCUAAGUACAGGGAUAUAUUUAUUACAUUCAAGUGAUGGCUGAGUUCCUCCAUGCUGCUCCUCAUUCAGACCAAUGCAUAAUUGAUUUGAUAGAUUGCAGUCAUGGCUUUAAAUAAAACUGCUAAUAGGUUCUGUAAAAGGAUAUAAGGCUCAAUUGAAUUAUUACACCUAUAAAUAUAAGAGUGUAUUUGUUACAAGUAGAAGAAGUAGGUUGUACAAAAAAGGUGUUGAUUAUUGUUUGUGGACAAAUGCUGAUUAUGAAUAUUUCCCAUGGCCAUGGGAAAAUAAAAAUGUGAAGUCAUCCAUUUAACCUGAAGAUAUGGUCUUCCCAAAAUAAAUCAAAAAUACAUGCAUCGACAGAAUUGUUGUAAUGCUUUUAAAGUAAUGCAGUAAAUAGGAGAAAAACAAUUCUAGAAAUUCUAGCCACAUAUUGAUGCUAUUGGAAAACUAGCACUUUGUCAAAAAAAGAAAAGGUAAAAGGAUUUAUGUUAGUAUAUGCUUUUAUUAUGGAACAGAGAAUAAACAACAUUUAUAUUUUUAUGAGAUGCGCACACAUUGACAAUCGCAUUUUGCAGCAACAAUAGCAGUGUUAAUAUACUACCUAACAACGUCUUUGGCCUUUCCAUUUCCCCCACAUCCUUCAAUGAACAAAACCUAUUAUCUAUGAACAAAAGCUCUUUAUGCAUUCUUCAGAAACUGACAUCCCAAACUUAUUUUACUUUGUUAUUUAACAUUGUAUUACUGUACUUAACAAUACCUUGCCCUACAUUCUCCAUCUGCAUCCAAACAAAGGACAACAAAAUAUGUGCGUAAGAAACCAAACUUCCAUAGCCAAGUUAACCCUGUAACAGCAAAGUAAAGAAAGCAAGUUGGUAAAACAUUUAUCAAGCAUCCACCAUGUUUAGGUUUGACAUUUCAAGAAAUAUACCAGUAAUACCGGAUACCCUAGUCAGUGUACCACAGGUAUUGUAUGGUAUGGGAAAAGUACACAUGAUAUACCUCAUAGCUGUAUUCCCUCAAAUACCUAUUAUAGGAAAGGCCUCAAAUCCUAAUGAAAGACUCAAUGAUAGACAUAAUAUGACAUUUCUAA